UCUCUCCCCGCCGCAGUGGGAGAGGAAGUCAAACCGAGUAGAGGCGCUACCGUGUUAGCAAUAAAAAAAUAAAUAAAAACAUAUAGAUAGAUAAAUGUACAGCAAGGAGGGUCUUUAAACGAACAUGUGUCAUAUUUGUACUUGGGGACGACACCUUUAACCUAAAGGAGCGGGCUCCGUGGACUGAGGCAGCGGAGGGAGACUGCUGCUCCUCAGGCAGAGAGAGAGAGAGAGAGAGGGGGGGGGAGAGAGGCUCCCCGAUCACCGACAGCCUGAGAGCAGGAACCGCACACUGGCUGAAACAACGACCUGCUUUUACUUCUUCUGAGGAGAUUCCCCCUCCAAAAAAAGGUGGAAUAGUGUUUCUUUAUUCGGUGCUGAAGGAAUCCAGCCGCAUCCUGAACCAUCGCCGCCUUAACGGUCAUUAACCUGGGCUCACCGCCGCGCUGCCUGCCUUCCUCCCCCGGUCCCCGCCAGCCCAGAGACUGCCUCUAUGCGCUGGCUCCUGGAGCUCCUCAACCAGCCAUGGACUGUUUUUAUUAUCUUUACUGAUAUUUUUCUCCCGGAGUUCCCGGACCGCGGGGGGCUGUUCCUCGGAAGUGCAGCCAGACUUCCCCAAUAACAGGGAGACGGAAGCAGCCGUUAGCGGCUUUAUUUUAGGCAAACUGCGGCAUGGUUUGGGAGCAGCGCCGCUGUUAGCCAACCAGCCUGCGGUAGACAGUCGGCUGAUCCUGGGGGAACAUUUUAAUGAAGCCUGGCUGCUUCUUUAGCCUCCUGGCUAACAGCUUCACAUUCAGCUAACUAGCAUCCUGGCUAACUAGCACCCGAACAUCGGCAGGAGGCUACAGCGCGUUAGCUCCACGGCGCGUGGAUUUGGGCUGUGAUUAGUUCAUCGGGGCCGCUGUGGAUUUUAGAGCAAAAAAACCGCUGAAGGUGUUUUUAUCCGCGUGUUUUUUUUUACCAACAGUAUCUUUGGCGUGAUUUGUGCGCCGCGCGCGGAGAACUUCAACCGUAACAGGAAGGAAGCGAGAGAAAAAAAGGACAAGAAACCCUGAAGGAUUGAAAUCAUCAUGACUGCUGCCCGUUUUUCACCGUCAGACCGCCCGGGCUCAUCUGUACCAACAACCGCUUAGGAUAAACAUCUAUUUUUGUUUAAACCCCGUCCUAGAAGGCCUCCUGGAAAUCACCCCCCUCCCUCCUAAAUGUGAUGCUUUGAGCAAAACGAGCCACACGUGUCUCUGUUUGUUUGCCGUGAGGCCAAAGAAGCGAUCGAGUCACAAUUGUGCACAUUUCACUAAAAGUGAAACAAUUUCACCAUCUGAAGGGGCAGGAGGACCGAGGAGUGAAACCCCAUGAGGACCUGGACCAGAACCGAUCCUUUGGACGCGGUUUUCAGCAGGGAAUCCCGGGAGACGCGCAGGAUUUGACAGCUGUCCCCUAACGGAACUAGCCCCCCCCCCCGGACAGAGGCUGCAGCUCACCGCCUGAUCUCAUCUGUUGACCCCCGUCCACCUGAAUGCCCCCCCACCCACCUCCUGCAUGAUUUUAUUUCUUAUUUCUAAAUGAUGGUGGCUUGUGGUUAGCAGCCACAGAGAGACACGAUUCCGCUUCCUCCAGACCCCCCCUCCCCUUUACCACCCCCCCACCCGGCAUCUGCUAGAAGGAACACAAACAAAAAACACUUUUUUUUAAUCCCUCCUAAAUAAUUUUUAAAAAGCACCACAGGAAGCCUGAUUGUUCUACUAGUUUGUUCGUCCAAAGGGUGGAAACAUGGCGGACCUGGAAGCGGUGCUCGCCGAUGUCAGCUACUUGAUGGCGAUGGAGAAGAGCAAAUCUACUCCUGCGGCACGCGCCAGUAAGAAGAUCAUCCUCCCUGAGCCCAGCAUUCGCAGUGUGAUGCAGAAAUACCUGGAGGAAAGAGAUGAACUCACUUUUGACAAAAUUUUCAACCAGAAAAUUGGCUUCCUGCUGUUUAAGGACUUCUGUAUGAACGAGAUCGACGAGGCUGUGCCUCAGCUCAAGUUCUACGAAGAAAUCAAGGAGUACGAGAAGCUGGACUCGGAGCAGGAGCGCCUGAGCCGCAGCCGGCAGAUUUAUGACGUCUACAUCAUGAAGGAGCUGCUGUCCUGCUCACAUCCAUUUUCCAAGAAGGCGGUGGACCAUGUGCAGAGUCAUCUGGCAAAGAAACAGGUCCCACCGACUCUUUUCCAGCCGUACAUCGUGGAGAUCUGCGACAGCCUGCGAUGGAAUAUCUUCCAGAAGUUCAUUGAAAGUGACAAGUUUACUCGGUUCUGCCAGUGGAAGAACGUGGAACUCAACAUUCAUCUGACCAUGAAUGACUUCAGCGUGCAUCGAAUCAUCGGCAGGGGAGGCUUCGGGGAGGUGUACGGCUGCAGGAAGGCCGACACCGGGAAGAUGUAUGCCAUGAAGUGCUUGGACAAGAAGCGGAUCAAAAUGAAGCAGGGCGAGACUCUGGCGCUCAAUGAGAGAAUCAUGCUGUCGUUAGUCAGCACCGGGGACUGCCCCUUCAUCGUCUGUAUGACCUAUGCCUUUCACACUCCCGACAAGCUCUGCUUCAUCCUGGACCUAAUGAACGGGGGGGACUUGCACUACCACCUCUCUCAGCAUGGCGUCUUCAGCGAGAAAGAGAUGCGCUUCUACGCCGCUGAAAUCAUCCUGGGUCUGGAACAUAUGCACAACCGUUUCGUUGUCUACAGGGACCUGAAGCCGGCUAACAUCCUCCUGGACGAACACGGCCACGUUCGGAUCUCGGACCUCGGCCUGGCCUGCGACUUCUCCAAGAAAAAGCCCCACGCUAGUGUUGGGACUCAUGGCUACAUGGCUCCAGAGGUCCUCCAGAAGGGAACGGCGUACGACAGCAGCGCAGACUGGUUCUCUUUGGGCUGCAUGCUCUUCAAACUCCUCAGAGGGCACAGCCCCUUCAGACAGCACAAGACCAAAGACAAACAUGAGAUAGACCGCAUGACGCUGACCAUGAAUGUGGAGCUGCCGGACUCAUUCACCCCAGAGCUAAAAGAUCUCCUGGAGGGGUUGCUGCAAAGGGAUGUGUCCAAGCGGCUGGGAUGCCAGGGCCGAGGAGCACUAGAGGUGAAGGAGCACAUGUUUUUCAAAGGUAUCGACUGGCAGCAGGUGUACCUGCAGAAGUACCCCCCUCCUCUAAUCCCACCCAGGGGAGAGGUGAAUGCUGCCGAUGCUUUUGACAUUGGCUCGUUUGACGAGGAGGACACCAAGGGCAUCAAGCUGCUGGACAGCGACCAGGAGCUGUAUAAGAACUUCCCUCUGGUCAUAUCGGAGCGCUGGCAGCAGGAGGUGGCAGAGACUGUCUACGAGGCCGUCAACCAGGACACCGACAAGAUAGAGGCCCGCAAGAGGGCCAAGAACAAGCAGCUGGGCCACGAGGAGGACUAUGCAUUGGGGAAGGACUGCAUAAUGCACGGCUACAUGCUGAAGCUGGGGAACCCGUUCCUCACCCAGUGGCAGCGCCGCUACUUCUACCUGUUCCCCAACCGAGUGGAGUGGAGGGGAGAGGGCGAGUCACGGCAAAACCUGCUGACGAUGGAGCAGAUCGUGACGGUUGAGGAAACGCAGGUUAAAGACAAGAAAUGCAUUCUGCUGCGCAUCAAAGGAGGGAAGCAGUUCGUUCUUCAGUGUGAGAGUGAUCCUGAGUUUGUGCAGUGGAAGAAAGAGCUGAACGAGACUUUCACAGAAGCACAGAAGCUGCUGCGCCGCGCCCCCAAAGUGAUCGGCAAAGGCCAAGGCGGCGUGGUGGAGCUUUCCAAGCCUCCUCUCACACACCGCAACAGCAACGGGCUGUGAAUCAACGAGCACACACGCAUUUCCACACACACUCACACACACACACUGCGCACCAACUAAUUUCCACAAGACAGCGGCCCCAACUUCACCACGACACGGUGUGUGUACGGACUCAGCAGCCUCAUUCCAACACUGACACCACGAUGAAGAGGAGGAGGUUUAGUAUAAUUUUCUUCUUCAUUGACGCCACUCUGCCAGUCCCAGAGAGAAGGGAGAGGAACUCCAGCCUCCCUUUGAUUGGAUCUCUAAAACAUCCUGAGAGGCUAGAAUGAAAAAGCCUUUGGAUCAGAUGAGCAGGAGGUCCAAUCAAAGGGGAGAACUCCUCCCAGGGGGAUGCGGAAGGGGCGCGGCUACCGGGGAAACCGAACAGAGGAAAACCUGCUGCUCAACUUUAUCCUCUCACCCCUCCUUCUCAGUUACUGAAGUGUGCAAAGUGCCAACAUGGACGUUUUACUUGAGUCACCUGAGCGGCCGGAUGGAGCGCCCCCCCGCAACCCCCACCCCUCUUUGGCAACAGCUCAUCAUUCCAGUCCUGGAAAAGAGGACCACUGACUCUCUUCAGAUAGGCUCCUGUGCAGCUUGUUUCCAUGGUGACCGAGAUUCCAUUGGCUGUCAAACAGCAACGGGUUGCCAGGGGAAACAGGAAGACCAAUGUACCUGGGGAUGCAUAAGCAUGGAUGUAGGCCUGCAGCAGAGCAGAGCAUAUUCAGUGUAUAUAAGCAACCCUUUCUCUGUGCAUCAAUGUUAAAGUCCACUGUGUUUGCAUUGUACUGGGGGGGG